AUGUCCAAGUUCUACGACUUAACUCCACUCGACAGUAAAGGAAACCCAUACCCAUUCUCUGAAUUGAAGGGUAAAGUUGUCCUUAUUGUUAAUGUUGCUUCAAAGUGUGGUUUUACUCCUCAAUAUGAAGGGCUUGAGAAAUUAAAUAAACAAUUUGAAGGUAAACCAGUUCAAAUUUUGGGAUUUCCAUGUAACCAAUUCGGUAACCAAGAACCGGGUUCAAAUGAAGAGAUUGGCUCAUUCUGUAAAGUAAAUUACGGUGUUACAUUUCCUGUUUUAGCUAAGAUUGAUGUUAAUGGUAACAAUGCUUCACCCGUUUAUCAAUACUUGAAGAGUCAAAAGUCAGGUUUGUUGGGAUUGACUAGAAUUAAGUGGAAUUUCGAAAAGUUCUUGGUUGAUCAGAAUGGAAAUGUUGUUGAGAGGUUUAGUUCAUUGGCCAAACCAGCAGACAUUGCUCCAAAGAUUGAAAACUUGUUAAAGAGCACCAAGUAA